AUGGAUUUUAUGGGUAAACCCAUUAAAGUAUCUGAGAAACGUGGCUUGGCUGGCUCAUCUACGGUUCAGUGUCCUUAUAAGGUUCUUCGCCUACUAGAUGAGCACACUGGAAAAGAAUGCGCUUUGUAUCUCUGGGAUGAAUGGUUUUACAGCACUGUAUCACCAGGAGAUUCAAUCACUGUCAUCGGAGAUUUUGACGAGGAUGGCAAGUGUGACGUGGACCACCAAAAUAAUUUCUUAAUUGUUCAUCCUGAUACCCUUCUUGCUGGAACUAAGGUUGCAUCCAGUUUUAGUUGCCCAAGGCGAACUGUGCUAGAUGAGAGGCUAAGAUCCAAUGAACACGCUACAGCAGCCUUACUUGGAACCUUGCUGCACCAAGUUUUUCAGGCUGGUCUCACGCAAGAGUCCCCAUCUGUAGAUGGUUUGCAGGAAUAUGCCUGCAUAGUGAUUAAAAAGAAUAUCGAGAGCUUAUAUGCUUGUGGAGUGCAUGAGGGAGACGUGAAAGCAACCUUAUUUGGAGCUAUCCCGAAAAUGUUGAACUGGAUUCAUCGUUUCAUCUAUUCAAAGGAUUCAAGGAUGUCAAAUGUUGAUUUUGGUUCUACCAUUGGGCAGAAAGUAGUUAAGAUAUCAGAGGUAGUUGAUAUUGAGGAGAUGUCAUGGGCCCCUAAAUAUGGUCUGAAAGGGAUGAUUGAUGCUUCAGUCAGAGUGAAAGUUGAAUCUGACACGCACACAGUGAAUGAAAAAAUAAUGCCCCUUGAGUUUAAAUCUGGAAAAGCUCCUAGUGGUCAGGCAUCAAUGGAACAUUGCGCACAAGUGAUCUUGUACACGCUCCUUAUGUCUGAGAGGUACCUGAAGCCUAUAGACAAUGGCCUUCUAUACUAUCUACAGUCAGAUCAGACACAGGGAAUUUCUGUUCAAAGAUCAGAUAUGGUGGGUCUGAUUAUUCGUCGCAAUGAGCUUGCAAAUGACAUCCUCGUGGCGUUAACAACGCAACAACUGCCGCCAAUGUUAAGGAAUCCAAACAUGUGCCGUUACUGUCGCCAUCUGGAUGUCUGCACGAUUUAUCACAAGGUUCUAGCGUUUAGCAUAUAUGGGGUUGAAACCUGA